AUUGGCAGCAGUGUGUGGAGGCGCUGUCAUCGUUAACUUCCGGCAGCCAUUUUUCUGUCUUUUCAACAUUGUAGUGUGAAGAAACGUGGAUUAAUCGAGAUGGCUGAGCAAGAGGAAGGAGCGACUGUUCUGAAGAAGCGUAUCUUCAAGAAGUUCACUUAUCGUGGAGUGGACUUGGAUCAGCUUCUGGACAUGCCAAAUGACCAAGUGGUUGAGCUGAUGCACAGCCGUGCCCGCCGACGAUUCUCCAGAGGGCUGAAGCGCAAGCCAAUGGCCCUGAUCAAGAAGCUGAGGAAGGCGAAGAAGGACGCACCGCCACUUGAGAAGCCGGCCAUCGUGAAGACUCAUCUCCGGAAUAUGAUUGUCGUGCCUGAAAUGGUGGGCUCCAUCAUUGGCGUGUACAACGGCAAGGCUUUCAAUCAGAUUGAAGUGAGACCCGACAUGAUUGGACACUAUCUGGGAGAGUUCUCCGUGACGUACAAGCCCGUGAAGCACGGAAGACCCGGUAUCGGUGCUACCCACAGUUCCCGGUUCAUUCCGCUCAAGUAAAUGAGGGUGGGAACCACACUAGAAGCCCUGGCAAUAAAGUGUGGACAGGCAAGA